GACCUGAGAAGACAGCGCCCCCCCUGGACACUAAAGUCACUUCAGGGCUCCGCAGGGCCCCGUUUGCACCCUGGCUUCUAUCAGCGAUUAAAAGUAGUAUUUUCUUGUUCUAUAUUUACACACAGCCAAAUAUGACCGCAGCUGUCUAAAUAACUCCAUCUGGACUUAAGCCAAAGACGUUAGAGGGACCGACCGGUUACCAGGAUGGCCAGUUCUGGGGAAGUGACCGCCUCUGUGAAUGCUCCAGCUCCAUCCAAGCUGAAAGAAGAAGCAGGAGAGGACUCUUGCAGUAGUUCCACCACCACCACUGCUGUGACCCCGGAGUGUGCCAUCUGCCUGCAGAGCUGCGUCCACCCCGUCAGUCUGCCAUGCUGCCAUGUCUUCUGUUUCCUGUGUGUUAAAGGCGCCUCCUGGCACAGCAAGCGCUGUGCUCUCUGUCGACAGGAAAUCCCAGAAGACUUUUUGGAGCGUCCAGUUCUGCUCUCUCUAGAAGAACUGAAAGCUGCAGCGGCUGGGCUGAACCUGAACGGGAGCGAAUCCCGUGGAGACUACACAUGGUACUACGAAGGGCGCAAUGGCUGGUGGCAGUACGAUGAAAGGACCAGUCGAGAACUGGAGGAGGCCUUCAUGAAGGGGAGGAAGAGCACCGAGAUGCUGAUUGCUGGGUUUCUUUACGUGGCAGAUCUGGAGAAUAUGGUGCAGUAUCGCAGGAAUGAGCACAGUCGCAGACGUAAGAUGAAGAGGGACGUAGUUAAUAUCCCUAAGAAGGGCGUGGCAGGACUGAGGUUGGAAUCUGAGCCUGUCUCUGUCCCUGUUCUACCGAUGAUUGUCUCUACAACAGCAGAUCGUGUGAACUCAGCUGAUGGUUCUGACUCUACAAGCCAGUCACAGCCUUCAUCUGUUGGGAUUACGGUUUCUCUUCCACCUGUUAGACCCCAAACACUCCUCGGACGUCAUCUUAACAGUCCUCUGUCCCCAUCACCGUCCACUCUUGAACAAUCUUUCUCUCAGCUCCUAAUCAGCCAGCCUGAGGGGGAAGAUGCACAGGAAGAAGAUGAGCUGCACAGGUAUGAGUCUGCAUCAGGCAGCAGUGAGAGUGAAGAAGAAGAGGAGAGUGAUGGAAGGAGAGGGAAGUCGGAAGCACGAAGGAGGCCGCUAAGAGAGAGCCAGCAAACCAGAAUUCCUCCAAGAGGCAUGCCUUCCAGCUCCGCCCUCAGCCUUCGCUCUCGUAGUCCUGAUGGACAGUGUACCAUAACAGAGGUAUAAGUGAUCCACCUCUUAAGACUCUAAUCAGCUCAGCAAAAAAGGCAAAGCAAAAACUUCUAAAGACAGAAUACGUCUGAAAGGUCCAGUUGAAAGGAGAAAUACCUCUGCUGUGUAGUUCUUUAAACCUACAGUGAUGGUGUGCCAAAUGUUUUAUUUCUGCUUGUUUUUACAUUAAGACAAUUGAUGGGUUAAAUUUAGCCUUCAAUCUAAAACUUAAAAUUAAAAGCAGUUUACAGCAACUGGAUAGAAUUAGAAGAGUUUCAAUGGGCACCGUAUUUUAAAGCCUGUUUUCAAACUGGGAUUAUGGAAAAAAAAAACAAUAAUAAUAAACUUAUAAUCUGAUAAUGGUUUUAUUGCGGUCAGAGAUUAAACCGUUCAUGGACAGAUGCUAAUUAUUAAAAGUAAUGAAGGCUUAGCUUGUUCUUAAAUAGUUCAUCUUCAGACCCCUCUAUAGUUGGAUGCAGAAGCAUCAAGUACAUCUAACAUUCUGCAAAUUAAAAUCCAUGUUUUGGUCAGUUAUCCUGAUUAAUUUGUACAGCACAGAUGCAGGGAUGCAUAAUUUGGUAACAUGCAGAGGCUGCAGGAUAGAUGAAUGUUUUAUAUAAAGACUGUGUUCCCCAUCAUUAUCUAGUUUGCCCCUUCUCUUUUUUUAAUAGUCGUGCCUCCUUUUAUUCCUUUUUCUCUCUUCCUUCCUCUUGUCCUUUCAUCCUUCUCUUCCAUCCUGCCUUUUGUAAUUCCUCCCUCCCUUCAUUCUAAUGUUCUAUCUGUUCUUACCCUCUUUGUGCUUUCCAUUUUAAUACUUCCUGUCAGCCUGUUUUAUUUUUUUCCCACUAGUAUAUUUGGAGCAUAAACACUGGAAGCAUCUGACACAAAUUCAUGGCAAACCCUUGUAUUUUUUACUUAUAAAACUCUGCAGAAACAAGGCAGGAAAAGUGGAAGAAACCUUUAAACUAGAUUUCAGCUUAUUAAAUGUUUUUAUAAGGUUGCUAAAGCUGACUAAGUUGAAGAUAGAAAUGUCUAAACGCCAAGCAUCUGCUGUGUUUAUGUUCUGUGCAGCUCGCUCUUGUUGCUCUGUUUUUGGAUCAAGUACAGAAACAUAUCAGUAUGUUUUGACUAUUUAAAAAGAAAAUAAAAAACUACUUGUUUUUUGUAUAUUUGUGGCAAUGGUACUUAUCUCAUUUUCCCUUUUCUCCCUAGCAUUUUGAGCUCAUUAAAUUGACACUUUAUUUUUAUUGUUUUUUUACACAUUGAGUGAUGAAGUAAAUGCCUAAAUUGUAGCACCUUAAAUAAGAGUUGAGGGUUAAUGACUUUCCUUUUUUUCCUGUUGUGCUUCUGAGUUGAUCAUAAUAAAAUGGUUUACUCAGGAUGUCUGCUGAAGUUUGAACUGGAGGAUUUCUUUUUGUGUGUUUGUAAAUGUUUUGUAUGUAGGAGCAGAGCGAGGCACUGCUCCCUCUAUUUUAUUAUCUUGUUUUAAUUAUGGGGAGUUGUUGCCAUUGUGAACAGCGCUGGGUGCUGAAAAGCUACUGGCAGAUCCACUGGAAAGUAUUUUUCUAUGUUCGGGAACACAUUUAGGUUUCUAUUUUCGACAGAGUACUCUAACAGAGCCUCUGUCAAAGUAGCUGCAUUGACAUAUUCUUGGAUGAGCUCAGCCUGUUUACUCCUGCUCGAGUUCCUCUCUUUCCCUCCUGUUUCUUUGGUUUAAUUUGUCGUUUCUCAGUUUGGCUCUUUGUGUGACUCCUUUUUUAAUCUUUGUGGUGUUUUUCCUGUGAUGUUUUGUGAAGCUAUUAAAGUGUUUAUCAAUGAAGUAAAA